UUCCAUCAGAAGUCAUUACAGAGACUGUUUAUAACUUUCACUCUCACUGCGACACACAACUGGAAUGUUUCUCCUUACAAAUACCAAGAGACUAAACAAUUACAAGGACAUACCAUCUAAACUGUCAAUUCUAAGCGCAGCUGUUAAAAGUGAAGGUUGAAAAGUUGAUCAAAGUUUAUUGACUGUAUUUUAGCUUCUGGAUAAUCUACAAUGGCAACUCCUGCUUCUGUCCACGAGCUGCUGCUGGACACUCUGGAUAGCUUGGUCUCAAGCGAGCUGAAGAGAUUUCAGUAUCUACUGACUAAGAACAUGUUAGAUGGCUGGUUUCCUAUUCCUAAGAGCCGUCUGGAGAACGCUGACAGGGAGGACACCGUGGAGAAGAUGGUCAGUGCCUACAGCCAUGAAGGAGCAGUGAAGAUCUCACUGACGAUCCUGAGGAAGAUGGGCCAGAAUGAUCUUGCUAUGAAGCUGGAAAGAGGCACUCUAGAAGAGGUACCAGCACUGAAAAAGACUGUGUCUCAUCAAAAGGAAGAACUGAAAUCCAAUUUAGAGAGUCUUCGAAAGAAUCAAGAAACGUACAAAAGCAUGGAGGUCCACAUUAAGAAGCAACGUGCGGACGCAGAGAGGCAGAUGAGGGAGCAGUUUGAAAAGUUCCACCGGUUUCUGCGAGAGGAAGAAGAGGCCAGACUGGUUGCGCUCAGGGAGGAAGAGGAGCAGAAGGGCAGGGCUAUUGCCAGCGAGAUGGAGAGAAUUCUCAAGCAGAUCUCUUCUCUUGAACAGGACCUGCAGAAAGACGACCACACAUUCCCUGUGAGCUACAAAUACCAGAACAGCACAUUGCCGGGUACACAGCAGGUCUCAGGGGUGCUUAUCGACAUGGCCAAACACCUGGGAAACCUGCAGUUCAGAGUGUGGGAGAAGAUGAAGGAGAUAGUCCAAUUCACUCCUGUGAUUCUGAACCCCAACACUGCAAACCGCUGGCUCUCUGUGUCUGAUAAUCUGACCAGUGUGAGAUUUAAUAACAUAGGUCAGCAAAUCAUUGACAACCCAGAGAGGUUUGCACAGUAUGCCAAGGUUCUGGGCUCAGAGGGCUUCAGCUCAGGGAAGCACAUCUGGGAGGUGGAGGUGGGGGACCAUCCUGAGUGGAACCUGGGAGUAGCUAAAGAAACCAUUGAUAGGAAGGGGGAGAUUCUUGCUUCACCAGCUUAUGGAAUCUGGGCUAUACUGAACAGGAAUGGUGUGUAUCAAAGUGGAAAGGGUGAGCCCCUUGCUUUUGAGAAGCUGAAGAGGAUCCGAGUGCAGCUGGACUUCACCAGUGGGGAGGUGUCCUUCUACGACCCCAAAGAUAUGACACACAUCUAUACUCAUAAAGACACGUUUGCUGAGAGACUGUACCCAUACUUUCUUGUUGGACUGGCUGGUGGUGCCAACAACCCUGAUAUACAUAUCUGCCAAUCAGAGGUGUCUCUGACAGUAAUGGCAUCUCAGUGAGGCAUGUGAUCACAUCUUACAAUUGAAACUUAUCAAAAUGAAUUCAAAGGCUAGAAUCUUGUGCUGAAAAAAAACCCAUUUGGGAUAAUGAUUUGAAAUAAUGCCUUGAACAGAACAGUAAUUUAAGAAAAUAAAUAAAUAACAUAAUUUAUGCUUAGCUAAUCCCCGUCUGUGAGACUUGUGAUGUUAAUCGUAGGGGCUCGAUUCAAUCCAUUUUGCUGAAGUUCAGUGCUAUAUGAAAUCUAAAGGUAAUUCCAACUGAGCCGGGAUAUGCAGCUUUUACCGUGAAUGCAGUCUCCGUGACCGCGGAAACAUUGCCUUUCACAUUUCAAUCACUCUAUAGAGCUGAACUUCAGCGAUACGGAUUGAAUCAAGCCCGAGUUUUGAUGUAAAAAAUGUGACCAGAAUUCAGACUGCUUGAUUGGUUAGUGGCUUUCAGUACGACAUGAUACACAUGCAUUCUUGUAUAUUUUUCCCAUUGCUGAAUUCUAACCUCAGUGUAAUAGCAUGUUCGAUUUCAGGGCUGUGCUGCUAACCUCAAAACAUUUGACCUGGGUCAUGUUCAUUCGAUACCAAAUGGAAGGAAACAGACUGAAACAGGAAGGUGAGACCUGGACUUUUAGUUUUCUGUUGCAAUAGGGGCCCUGGACAUAUACCCCAGCACACUUAUCACAUCCCUUCCAGCAGAUGCCAUUAGAGUAUAACAAAUGGAAGACCAAUUCAAAUGGAAAGGUCAAAUCAGUUCACCCCAGGAAAUAGUGAGCACCAAUUUGCUUUUGUGUUUUCUUCUAUUAGAUUAAAGAGAUCCUCUUGUA